AUGGUCCACAUCGAUACUGAUUUUAAUAUCCGUUUCGGCCGUCCUUUGGAAAUGGAGGAUCCAAGCAAGAUAGACACAAUCCAAGACAUUUUCACCGGUGUUUCUGGUGUGAAGUAUAUGAGCAUCUCACAUCCUACUCUUGCGGUCCUCUACUUAUAUUCUGUAAAGAUUCCCAAAUUCCACAACUUGCGUAGUUUGCAGGCUGACUUCUCUUGCUACAUGUUAAAAUUGUUGCCAGUGUUUCUUGAGAGCUGCCCAAAUCUAACCGACCUCACAGUGGACAUUGAAGCUUUUCCCUUGCUGCCAGAGCAACUUGACUUAGAUGUGCCUCGGUGUUUAAGAUCGACCCUUAAGCGUGUCUUUAUUAACAAACUGGUAAUGAAGGAGGAUAUUGGGAUCAAGCUAGUGAAUUACUUUCUUGAGAAUUCAGCAGUGCUCAAGCCAAGCCAUGGAGAGCUUCAUCGAAAAUUUCUGGAGGUUAACAAAUACUCACAACUGCAAACGUUUAAGAUAGAAUGCAACCAACGCAAUGAUGAACAACUCGAGGAUUGGAAUUGGAGACCAGCUGAUGAUUGGGAUUGGUCUGAUGAUACAGUUAAACCUUUUUAUGUGUCUGAUGUAAUUAAGAAGGUUCCUAAUGUGACUCAGAGCAUUUACAGGAGCAACACACUGGUCUCUUUGAAGCUCGUAACCGUGGGACUCAGACUCCAAGUGUAG